AUGAGGCGUGAACAUAAUCAUCAUCAGCAGCAGCAGCAGCAGAACCAGCAACAGAGCAGCAACAGCAGCAGCAGCAGCAGCACUAGCAGCAGCAGCACCCCACCACCACCAUCAGCAGCGCAGCAGCCGAACCAACAGCAGCAGAACCACCACCAGCACCAGCAUCACCACCAGCACCAGCAUCACCACCAGCACCAGCACCAGCAGCAGCAGCAGCAGCAGCAGCGCAGCAGCCGAACCACCACCAACACCAGCACCACCACCACCACCAGCACCACCACCAUCACCACCACCACCACCAGCACCAGCACCAGCACCACCAGCAGCAGCAGCACCAGCAGCAGCAGGAGCAGCAGCAGCAGCAGCAGCAGCAGCUCACCACCCUCCCCACUGUUCUACAUUCCACUCAAUCCCAUAAAAAUGAAGAAACUCCAGCAGCAAAUGGCUCAGCAGCAGAUGCUGCUGCGCAUCAGCAGCAAACAGGUUCGGGUUCAGGUGUAUGUACAGUAG